AUGCCCGAUUCUCAGAGCGAGAACAAGCAGGCGCGUGCCCCUUACGAGGUCCGCACGCCGAGGUUCUCGAACUUCCCCACUAUGGAGCCAUUCGAUCGCUAUACCUACCGGGGCAUGGCCGCGUACAAGAGGAUGUUGGAGACCAAGAAGCAAAAGCUGGAGCAGUCCCUCUUCAGCCCCGCAGCCCGGAGCCAUCCAACUUAA